GCGUAUUGGGUCCGAUUUGAUUCUUCUUUACCAACCACCGUCAAAAAGAAGAAGAUGAAACUCAGACUGGGUCGCGAUCAAAAGAAGAAUUAACUGCACUCAUCAUCAAAAGCGAAACAAAGAAAGUAAAAGAAAAAGAAGAAGUUUUUCUUUUAGGAUUCCAUCCAAAUCAUAAUAAUCCCCCAUGAGAUUUCGUGUACCCGUGAAAUCCGACUCAGAUAUUGCUUUUAAUCGCUAGGUGGUUGUUCCAAGCGUUAUGGCAAAUCCGCCCAAUUGAACUCAUGUUAUGGAGUUUUUAUUCGAUUAUAUCCUGCUGGAGAUAGCAUCGCAUCAGGGAUGGACGAAUUGCCUGGCUCUUUCGGGACGAGCGCCAGCUUGGCUUUGCGAUUAGGCCAGACCGUAUUCUCAAUUGCUUCCCUUCUUUUCAUGUGCUUGGAUAUUCAAUUCUACAGUUAUACCUCAUUCAGCUUCUUGGUGAUAGUGAUGGGUUUUGUGAGUCCAUGGAGCAUGAUACUAGCCAUGUUAGAUGUGUACUUAAUCUUCUUCAAAAGUCCAUACAAUUACCAUCAACAGGGACGCCGGUCACUUAUUUUUAUUGUUGCUGCAGAUUGGAUUCUAUGUUUGCUGUCGCUUGCUGCUGCUGCGUCAACAGCAAGUGUGAUAGAUUUCUUGAUAGUUUCGAAAUCUUCAUUCUGUGGAGAGGGGAAACUUUGUAGUAGAUAUCAACUCUCUGCUGCCAUGUCUUUCUUGUCCUGGUUUUUAUCGUUAGGCUCCUCGCUUUUCAACCUUUGGCUUCUUCCGUCUCUCUGAAACUGUAAUUGUCUAUAUUCUAUAGGGAGGAGGAGGAGGAGGAGGAGGAGGCGCCCCAUUUCAGGAUUUCAAAUAAGGUUUCGUUCCCUUUUUAUUUCUUUUCUUAGUGUUGGGAUUUCAGAGGACAAUGGUAAAUAAAAUCUGAAUUGGUUUCUCAAACACAAGAUCUUUGCUCUACAAAUUGCUAAUUAAAGCAUUUCCAUUAGAAUUGGUUUGCUUAUACCAAUCCAAUCCAAUCCAAAGUAUAUGCCUUGAAACUUGAAAGGGUUCAAUUUGUCUUACCUUAUUUUCUUAUUCAUCUUUAAAUAUACAAGAAAUUGUACAUUCUCGGUUCCAUAAUUUCUUGCUGUAUAUCAUAGUUUACUUCUAGUUUGUACAAUUAAAUUUGGCAUCUUGCC